AUGAUUGAGAACUGGCGCCCCAUCAGUCUUCUCAAUGUUGAUAGAAAGAUCUUGGCAAAGAUUAUUUUUUGGCGCUUGUCGUCAGUAGCAGGCGAUUUGUUGUCCAGCCAUCAGCACUGUUCGGUCCAAGGUAGAAGUACCUUUUCAGCGGUUUUGGCUAUCCGGGAGGCUUUGGAACGAUGCAGGGCUGCUGGAUGGAGAAAGUACUUGCUGGCAUUGGAUCAGGCAAAAGCUUUUGAUCGAGUGAAUCAUGAAUAUCUGUGGUUGCUGCUUGGUAGAUAUGGCCUGCAGGGGAGGUUUAUAGAUUGGCUGAAGACAUUAUAUAAAGGGGCUGAGAGCUUCCCACUUGUUAAUGGUUGGGUUGGGCGGCCUUUUGAGGUCGGCUCUGGUGUGCGCCAGGGAUGUCCUUUGAGCCCCCUGCUAUAUGCUUUCGCAAUCGACCCCUUUGUAAGAAGGCUAGAGGGCGCAUCGUUGUGCGGGGUGCCUCUGGGCAUUGCUGGUGUGCCGCCUUUGAAGGUCAUUGCCUAUGCUGAUGAUGUGUCUGUUAUUAUCUCUGGGACUGAGGAGGCGCAGGAGGUGGUCUCUGUGAUAGAGCAGUACACGGAGGCUUCUGGCUCUAAAGUCAACCAUGAAAAGAGUGAAGUUUUCUGGAUGGGUGAGGAGGGUGAAAGCUUCGAACUUCCGGAUGCCUUCCCAGAGCCCCAGCAGGAAAUUAAAAUUUUGGGCAUCAAAUUUGGUCCUGGUGACUAUGGUCAUCGAAACUGGGAAAGCAGGUUGGUAGUUGCCAAUGCCAAAGUAGCGAGCUGGAAGAGAUGGAGGCUUUCCUUAAGAGAGAGGGUUGACUUGAUCAAAACUUACCUGAUCCCGAUCUUUUUAUAUGUCAGCUUCGUCUGUAUCUUGCCGGUAUCUCUCUAUGCACGGGUCUACAGCUGUUUUUUCCAACUGUUAUGGGGAAAUAGGCUGAACUUGAUCAAACGCAAUGUAACUUACCUGUCCAGGCGGGAGGGUGGCCUAGGAAUGGUCAACCCGAUAGUUUUCUUUUCUUUGCUCUUUUUAAAGUACAAUCUUGGUAAUAUGUUAGCAGAGACCCCGCCGGGAUGGGUGGGUAUUUUUCAGUCUUGGUUUAGGCCUUUUCUGCAUUGCUGGGAAGAUGGCGGCCCAGUGAAAAGUCUGAGAGUCCGACAUGGCAAGCUCCCGGCUUAUGUUGCCCCGUGUCUGAAAAUACUUCGGCAGUGGCAGGUGACAGUGGAGGAUAUCAGGUCCCUUCCCAGGAAGCUUCUGGGGGAGAGGAUUUUGGCUUUUGCUUUCAGUGUGUCACUGGCCUUAAAGGAUUGCCCAGGCUCCGUAAUGAGGGAGGGAUUGCGUUUAAUUAACUUGGAGAGAAUCCCUUUGAAGUUUAGGGAUCAAGCCUGGCUCGCUUUCCAUGGAAGGCUCUAUGUGAGAGGGAACCUGAAGCACCGCCCUGUGGAUGAUCGGGAUUGUCCUAGAGCAGAGUGUGUUGGUAAAGUGGAGUCUAUGGACCACUUUCUGCUCCUGUGUCCCUUUAACAUAGAGGUGUAUAAAAGGGUGGGGAGGGCUCUGGGCAUCCCCUUUCUCUAUCGCAUGAGUUAUGCAGAGUGGGUGUACGGGGCAUUCCCAGCUUGCUGGGACUUUGAUUUGGAUACACUUUUUCUAGUUAGUAUAGUUGUCCGUUACUUCACAUGGAACGCACGGUGUCAGAUUACCAUCCGGAAGAAAGUCCUCCCUGUAGAGGUGGUGGUGCACGAUAUUCUGGGUGAGGUUGGGAAGAUUCGGGGUCUUGAGAGGGUCAGAGAGCCUCGGGCGGUCUGGAUAAGGGCAUGGAGGAAUAUCAGACCUGCCUUUGGUGAACUGUCCAUCUCUGGGUGA